GCCCCUUCCAUCCUCUCUUCUGCCAACUGAAAGCCCUUCUUUUUUGCUAUAUUUUUCCGAUGGCUCAGACGACAAACACCGGUCCACUUCAUCCACUCGUGAAAGGACCUGUCAACAAGCCCGGUGGAGCUUCUGCUAAGCCGCUGCCGGACCAUAACCAUGGCACGGCUCAAUCAAUACCUGACAGCUCUGUUUCCGCCAGCCAGCAGCUACAUGUUGCCACUCCUGGUGCUAAGCAGGCACAUAUGAAGAAUCCUAGUGCAAGUCACGCACUCAUCCGGGCCGACCGAACCGCUGGCAUGUUAGGCAUGUCCGAAGACAAUGUGAUGAUGAAUCAAAUUUUGGCCACUCAUGCACCCGAUGGUCGAGAAAUCGAUGUUAGGCCUCUUCUCUAUCUGGUUGAGGACAUCCUUAAUCGCGCGACCGAGCAUGUCGAUGUCAUAGUCAAGGGUACCCAGGCUCGAGUCGAAAUGGAAGAAAAAGCUCAGCAAGCAAAUUAUAUUGCUAUGCUUGAAGCUCUUACUUUUACAAUCGAUCGAAUUGCAUGCGAGCUGUCCUACAAGGCUUAUAGAGGUUCCGAUGCGCAUGCAACGACGACUGCGAUAUUCAAUCUUUUAUCGAGCUAUACGUGGGAUGCUAAGCUGGUGCUAUCUCUAUCAGCCUUUGCCUUGAACUAUGGAGAAUUCUGGCUUCUUGCUCAGAUUUACUCUACGAACCAGCUUGCCAAGUCUAUGGCGAUCCUGAAGCAACUGCCAUCAUUGUUGGAGCACACGGCUCCUUUGAAACCCAGGUUUGAAGCACUCAACAUUUUGAUUCGGACAAUGAUGGAUGUCACUAGAUGUGUUGUCGAGUUUAAGGAGCUCCCAUCGAUGUACAUUUCACAAGACGCACCGGCACUGGCCACUGCCUUGAACCUUAUUCCGACCGCUGUCUAUUGGACCAUCCGAAGCAUGGUAGCUUGUGCAGCUCAAAUUUCUAGCCUCGCUACCAUGGGUCAUGAGUACGGAAUAUCAGAGUCGUGGGAGUUGUCGGCGUUGGCUCACAAGCUCCGAAACAUACAUGAACAUCUGAGGCAGCAGCUGAAUUUUUGUCACCAAUAUAUCGAGGAAAAGAAAGAAGUUGAAACUUACCGGUUGCUUCUGAAUCUCUUUGCUCCGAACGUGAUGCACAUCGACAACAUGAAGAUUCUAAAGGCCUUGAUUUAUGCCAGGGACGAUAAACUGCCCCUUAUCGACGGUACUACAAGGCGAAAGGUUGGCCUGGAAGUGCUCAGAAGGAAGAAUGUGCUCUUGCUAAUUUCAAGCCUCGAAUUCUCAAGCGACGAGCUCGCGAUUCUUGAGCAGAUAUACAAUGACUCCAGGAUCCAUGAAACAAGGCUAGAGAGCCAAUAUGAGGUGGUUUGGAUCCCAGUUGUGGACCGCUCUGUUGUCCCGUUGAGUGACGAAACACGAACCAAAUUCGAGACCCUGAGAAGCACCAUGCCGUGGUACUCGGUGGAGGACCCGUUGCUCAUAGAGAAGCCGGUCAUUAGGUUCAUUAAGGAGGUUUGGCACUUCAGGACCAAGCCAAUCCUUGUGGUCCUUGACCCUCAAGGCAAAGUGCUCUCCCCUAAUGCAAUCCACAUGAUGUGGAUUUGGGGAAGCACUGCAUUCCCUUUCACUAGUUUGAGAGAAGAAGCUCUCUGGAGGGAAGAAACAUGGCGGCUCGAGCUCCUCAUCGACGGCAUCGACCCGAUGAUCCUCAAUUGGAUUAAAGAGGAGAAAUACAUUUUCUUGUACGGCGGAGACGAUAUCGAGUGGGUUAGGAAAUUUGCAACCUCGGCACGCAGUGUUGCGUCCGCAUCCGGCAUUCCUCUAGAGAUGGUCUAUGUAGGGAAAAGCAAUAAAAGAGAGCAAGUGAAGAAAGUGACUACCAUUAUCAACGUGGAUAAUCUUAGCCAUGCUUGGCAAGACCAAGCCAUGGUUUGGUUCUUCUGGGCCAGGCUGGAAAGCAUGCUGUUUUCGAAGAUUCAAUUAGGCCGAGUCGAUGACCAAGACCCGAUGCUGCUGCAGAUAAAGAAGCUGCUUAGCUACGGAAGAGAAGGGGGAUGGGCGGUGCUUAGCCAAGGGUCUGAUAUUGUUGUCAAUGCCCACUCCACAACUAUUUUGCCUGCUUUAGGUGGCUAUGAUGAAUGGAAAGUAAAUGUUGCAGAUAAAGGCUUUAAGUUGGCAUUCAAGGAGUACCAUGAUCGGCUCCAUGAUGUCGCUCACCCGUGUUGCCGUUUCGAGUUCCCGACUACCACGAGGGUCCCGGAGAGCAUGAGGUGCCCGGAGUGCCUCCGAACCAUGGAGACAUACACAUCUUUCGUUUGCUGCCAUGACGAUCAAGGCAUUCCAGGCUCAUUGUUUUGAGGCGAUGAGAUCAGAUGUAUUUUGAAGACAUAUACUACUAUUGCUGCUAAAUAAAUGAUGUUCCUAUGGGACUCAAAAUCUAAAAUUUUUCUUGCAAAAUUUCA